CCAAUGAGUCGUUUGACGACUCAGUCCCGCGCGCCAGAGCCGGCCACUGCUCAGUAUCCAUCAGUACCCGACUGUACGUGUGGUCCGGUAGGGAUGGCUACCGGAAAGCCUGGAACAAUCAGGUCUGCUGUAAGGACUUGUGGUAUUUGGAGACCGAUAAGCCGCCGGCGCCCACGAGAGUGCAGUUGGUUAGGGCGGCCACCAAUACGCUGGAGAUCUGUUGGGGAGCUGUUCCGACGGCCGACUACUAUCUGCUGCAGAUUCAGAAGUACGACAUCCCUCCCAAUCAACAGCAAACCCAAUCGGCGGCCGCCGGCGCUCACCCGCCGGGCAUUCCUUUGGCCAAAACUCCGAUCGCAGUCACGCCUCCCGUCACUCCACUCGCAUCACCCAAAGGUGUUCAGAACGCAACGCCGAGUGCACCCGUUAUCGUAUCCCACGGCACGCCAAUAGCCAACGCACCGGCCGGUCAGUUGUCAGGUAUGGCUGCGUUGGCGGCAGCGGCGGCGGCCACGCAGAAAAUGGCAACACCGACGCUCCAACCCGUGUCCACACCGGCGACCACACCGUUGACGCAAACGGGUAUUCGAGUGAUUACUCCCCAGCAGUUGAUUCAGACGACGAGCGGACAGACUAUUAAAUUGGCGUCGG